UCUAAUUCUAUAACCAGCAAAAGCAGCCGUCACCAAAUUUCAAAACACCCGCUAGGACCACCCUAUUGCGCCUCGCCCAGUCAGUUUAGCGAGAUCCGGCGAUAGGCGACGGACGGGGGGGCUGGGCUGGGGAGGGUCUGCAUAAAGAACAAAAUUCACAAGCAAAUCGGGGGAGAGAGAAAAGAGAGAGAGAGAGAGAGAGAGUCAUGCCCUCGCCGACUGACGACGAAACGCCGUUUCCUGCGCUGAGCCACUCCGCGAGCCUCAGCGCGCUGGAUCGCUCGCACCUAUCGCCCCACGAUGCCUUCACGUAUCCGCUGCGGCAGGCCUACGAUGGCGACGGCGCGGCCGAUCCGCUAUCCCAUUUGAGGCACCUGAAGGAUGACCGUAGCAGGAGCCGGAGGCGCAAGAGGGCUUGGAAGAAGCUCAUGUGGGUGAAGCAGUCGUAUCCAGACAACUAUACCGAUCAGGCAACAUUUCUCGAAAACUUACAACGCAACCCGAGACUGAAACCCUACGACUUCUGGCCGCUGGUGGCCGACUCGACCGUCAUCCUGCAGCACGUCUGCUCCGUCAGCCUCUUCGUCGUGUGCUUCGUCGGCAUCUACCAGGAGCGCGUCUCGCCCGUCUCGCUCGUCGGCGGGAGCACCUUUGCGACGUUUCUCGGCUGGAUCCUGUGGGAGCGAUGGGUCUCGGAGGAAAUGAACCAGGAGGAGGAGGUGAGCGCGAGCGGCAUCGCGGCCUCUGCGACCAAGAGCGAGAGCAUACGGCGGCGGGCUCGCGCAGCUAGCAUUCGUCGGCCCAUCAUUACACCACGCAUCACGUCCGUUACGCCGAGUAGCAGCAGUCGUCCUUCGUCCGAGGCGGCCUCCUCAAGGCCAUCUGCUGGCAAUUCGACGGUCAAUAUUCAGAUUCAGAUUCCAGAGAGCGAGCGGUUGCGGACAAGCCGCCCAGCUCACCACUCUUCUACUACCACUUCUCCCUCUUCGACCAACUCUCCGGCUUCUCCUACUUCUCCUACUUCCCCUACUUCGCCUACGUCAUCUACGUCACCUAUAUCGCCCAUAUCACUCAAGGAGCCUUCUCAGAAUGCAACUGGCGCGGACGGCGGCCAGCCGUUGCUGCGCAGAGCCAGCUCAGAUGUGAUUCCGGACUUUGCGCCAAUCCCCAACGAGGCGAAUCGGCUGCACCAGCGUCUCGGGACGAUCAAGUCAGCCAUACUGAUUUACUGCACGCUCCUCGGCCUCAGCCCCAUCCUCAAAUCCCUUACGCAAUCCACGUCGAGCGACAGCAUAUGGGCCAUGUCCCUCUGGCUGCUCGCCAUCAACAUCUUCUUCUUCGACUACUCGGGCGGCGUGGGCGCAAAGUUCCCCGCCUCGCUAUCUACCAACGCGGCCCUGAUGGCCUCGACCGUGCUGGCCAGCCGGCUGCCCUCCACAAAGCAGGUCUUUUGCCUGACGCUCUUCAGCAUCGAGGUGUUUGGCCUAUUCCCCGUGUUCAGGCGCUACGUCCAGCACCGCAGCUUCCGGCAGCACGCCAUCCUCACGGUGCUGCUGAUCCUCGGGGCGGGAUGGGGCGUGGGCGUGGUGAUGCGCGAGCCCAGCCCGGACUACUGGCCGUGGAAGCGCGGCCUCGGCGGCAUGGUUGUGAGCGUGCUGAUUGCGGCGAUUGCGACGGGCGGGUGCAGCUGGUGGCUGAUUGGGCUGCAGAGGUAUAAGAAUGAGAUUCGAGGGCCUUGGGAUCCGGCGAGGCCUAUUAUCAUGAGCAGGCAGCGGUGGGAAAAUUAGUGAUGUCUUCUUUUUCUCCUCUUUUUUUUUUUUUUUU